UUAUGAUCUUGUUGGAAGAAAUUUAUAAGGGUUUGUUGUGUUUUCUCCUAUUGUGUUUUGAAGAGUGAGGGCAAAAUGGUCAAUCAUUGAGAUCCAUGAAUGGUUCUUUCCUCCUGUCCUCUCUCUCUCUCUUUCUCUUUCUUUGCUGAGAAGAAGAUAAAGGUUACAAAAUACUGUCUUGUCUUAUGCCCUUUCUCUUUAAAAAUAGUAACUCAAGAAACAGAGAUUUGUGGAUAAUAAAUUGUUGUCCUGAGAACAAAGUCUUGUUUGGGAGAUGAAUGAUUAGUUAAUGAAGAGUAUUUUCAUGAGGGUUUUGUUCUGCAAGAUCCACUGUCCUUCAUUCAUAUGUUUCUGCAAACCCUCCACUGCUACUCAUCUUUACAAUCCCGGGCCUUUGAAAUUGGAAAAUUCCACUCAUGCCCCUCCUCUAUCACUUGUAACUGAUCCAUCUGAUCAAAAUCAUGUAUCCCCUGAUGUUGAAGAAAUUAUUGAAGUUGAGGAGAAAGAGAUUCUAGAAGAUGGGAAGCAAGAACCAGAGAGUAUUGUUCUCAGAAGUUGUAUGAAGAACAAUGAUAAUUCCCAAUCAAGAUCACCAAUUGAGAGAAAGAAGGUGCAAUGGAUGGAUAAUUUAGGCAAAGAACUUGUUGAUAUCAAGGAAUUUGAAUCCAGUGAAACAGGAGAUACUGACAACGAAGACGACGAUAGAAGUUGCUUUUGCACGAUUCUUUGAUGCUUCCUGAACCAUAUCCAUGUUGAUAGAAUAAAGAUAAGAUCAUCUGUAAGUGUUCAUCUCUUCAUUUACUUCAUUGAAUUGGAUAUAAAGACCGAGAAUCCUGCAAAGAUCCGAGCUCCAUUUCUAGAUUUCGUUUUCUAAUUCUUUGACGCUGGCUCUUCUGCGUUCUGAUGUAAGAAUUUCUGUUAUUAAUGAGCUUUCCAAACACUUGGCUCCAUUCCCACCUUUGGAUCUUUGUCUGAUAAUGAAAAUCACUGUAAAGUUUGUUGCUUUUCGUCG